AUGGCAGCCGAACCCACUUUUCCUCAACUUGUUACCUUCUCCAACUUCAACCUCAACAAACUCACUCAAGACAAUUACCCUACAUGGUUGCCCCAAGUCAUUCCACAUCUCAAAGGGGGUAAUCUUUUUGGGUAUGUUGAUGGAUCUAUUCCAUGCCCACGGCCCUCCAUCACCACCGUGAAGGAGCACAUUUCCUCCACUACGAUGAAUCUGGCCUAUCUCCACUGGGAGAUGCAAGAUCAAAUCAUCCUCGGUUUCCUCACCUCCGCCAUAUCGGAAAGGAUGAUAUCUCAUGUAGCAAGCUGCAAAACGUCCAACCAAGCUUGGACCAAAGUAGAGACCCUCUUUGCGUCUCAAUCCAAAGCACGUAUUUUAAACGUGUACUUUCAGUUAGCCACUUUGAAGAAAGCCAACCUAUCCAUCGUUGAUUAUUUCCACAAGUUUCAGACUCUCAUCGAUGCCCUUGCAACCGUCAAUAAACCUCUCAGUGAUCUUGAGAAACAACUGUUUCUCCUUGCAAGACUUGGUUCAGAAUACACCCCUUUUGUCACCUUUGUUACAACAAGAACUGACAUCCUCUCCAUUAAAGAAAUUUAUGCUCACCUAUUGGCCCAUGAGCUGUAUCUUGAACAAACUCAACCAGCCAUGGACGUCUCAGAUGUAGCUGUGCAUCUUGCCUCCCAAAAUCCACCUCACCGGGGUGGUUGUAGCAAUCGUGGAGGCUAUUACAAUUUCGGUCGUGGCUCCUCCUUCAACCGUGGAGGCUAUCGUGGCUAUGGCCGUGGCUCCUUCCCAACUGGCCGUGGCUCCUACAACCGUGGAUCCUCUUCUACAAGUCCUCUUUGCUAG